CCGCUACCAAGUUUGAGAGAAAAUGUAAAGGAUGAAGUGGCAGGAAUACGACAUUCCAAAUGCAAAUUACCAUAAAACACCAAACCAACAAUAACUAGGACAGAGUGCUCGGGGAGUGACGCUGCAGCUGAACGAGCAGAAUACUUCUACUGUGAAGAUGGCGACAUCGGAGCCGAAAACACCUGAAACAGAAGAUCAACAGACUGAAGUGGUUGCAAAUCCUGAGCAGUACAUCAAGCACCCUUUGCAAAACAAAUGGGCCUUGUGGUAUUUCAAAAAUGACAAGAGCAAAAGCUGGACAGAGAACUUGCGUCUCAUUUCUAAGUUUGACACAGUGGAAGACUUUUGGGCAUUAUACAACCACAUACAGCAGCCAAGCAAACUUGGCUUUGGCUGUGAUUAUUGCUUAUUCAAGGACGGCAUAAAGCCAAUGUGGGAGGACGACAGGAACAAACUUGGAGGUCGAUGGUUGAUGACUCUCAACAAACAACAGAGGCACAACGACCUGGACCGUUACUGGAUGGAGACGCUCUUGUGUUUAGUCGGUGAGUCGUUCGACGAGGCGAGCGAAGACGUGUGCGGCGCCGUGGUCAACGUCAGACCUAAAGGCGACAAAAUAGCCAUCUGGACGAGCAACUGCCAAAACAGGGAAGCCAUUAUGACGAUAGGGCAACAGUAUAAAGAGCGCCUGAACAUCCCCAUCAAAGCCAUGAUUGGCUACCAGUCACAUGACGACACGUCCAGCAAGAGCGGAUCCACCACCAAGAACAUGUACUCGGUUUGAACAGCCCUCUGGAAAAAAAACAGCCCCCUUCACCUUGCUGUAGAUCUAAACAAUUACCAAUCCACAUCAUAACAUGAAUGUUUUUUUUUUGAGUUGUCAACUACUGUGGUGUCCAUUACUUUUUAUUGAGGAAAAAAAAGAGAAUGAAAUUGUUCUUAUUGUGUACAGUUGUGGACCCCGCCCUCCCCAAACACUGCAGUGGUUUUCAAAACAAAACAAGGAAGGAAACAUGGGAGAUGUUAUUCAUACACAUCAACUGCAGGAAACACAGUUUCUAUUUUAGAGUAAAAGUGUUAACAUUACCCGUGAUCUUCUCUGGCUUCGAUGAUAACAAGCCGUUUCUUUUGUUACGUAAUGAUGAAAGUGUUUGAGUUCAAUAGUUCCUCGCCUCACAGGAAAUUACACAAGCAACUAAUCUUUUCACGCAACAAAUUUUAAAGAGCAAAUUUUAACCUGAUUUAUCCAGAAGUGUUAAACUAUGGUUUGAACUUUUCAGACGUUUGAAGAAUCUACAGUAUCUCUCUAUAAAGUUUGUCAAAGCUGUGGUCGCACUCCAAAAGUGUAGUCUUUGGAUGCAGGCUGCUGUUUUGUUUUUUGUUUUUUUGUUUCAGCCAUGUACGAACUGUUGAAUAUUGGUAGUAGAACUAUUUGAAUUUUUUCUAUUUUCUUUUUCCCCUUCCCCUUACAUUUAUUUAUAAUGUAUGCAUUGCAGUUGAACAACUUAGUUAAAAUCAACUUUUUCUUUCUUCUCAUUUUUCUCGUAUCACAUAAUAGAGGUUAAUAAUAUGGACUACUGCAUAUGGGUGACUUAUUCCUUUUUUUUUUUUUACAUUGUACCAUAAAACAAUGAUGCUGACAGAUUUAGGUGUGCUUUUCACUGUUUUCUUCCUAAUUCAAACUGUAGAUAAAGGUCGCACUCCUCUCUUGGUUGAUGCGAUGCAGAUGAUAUUCAUUGUGAAAUGACUGCUCAUAAUGUAUCUUUAUUAUCUGUAAUUCCAGGAUGUAUAUUACCUUCUUUCGAGUAAAGGUUAAGUGCUUUGCAUUAAAAACUGAAGCCCUGU